AUGUCCCCGCUGCCAGCGCGGAUUUCCAGGGAGAUUCGGUGGGGUUUGGGAAGAGGAGCGGAGCUGAAAAUCCGGGCUCGGGCUGGGACCCCCUGCAAGAUCCCCAAAUCCAUCGAUCCCCACCCCCCACCACGGGCUGUUGGAUUUCUGGGAUCUCCAGCCCCCAUCCCACAUUCCCAACCCUGCAAUUGGCUCUGCCUGGGCCGGGACGUGGCACAGGCGCCAUUCCCGAGGCCUUUUCCCAAAAUGAGCCAGGGCAGGAGCCAGGCACGGCCUGGGAUGGGCACAGAACACCCAGGAUGGGCACAGAACCCCUGGGAUGGGCACAGAGCCCCCGGGAUGGGCACAGAACACCCAGGACGGGCACAGAACCCCUGGGAUGGAUCCAGAGCCCCCGAGAUGGGCACAGAACCCCCAGGAUGGGCACAAAACCCCCAGGAUGGGCACAGAGCCCCCAGGGUGGGUCCAGAGCCCCCAGGCCCAGCCCAGAGCCCGGACAGAAUCCUCUCCCUCAGGACCCCCGGCACCGCUGUGCCCCCAGAGCCUCCCGCUCCCCUGGAAUCUGGAAUUAUUCCCACCAAAGAGUUUUGGGAUCAUUUUCACAUCCCGGGGGCUCUGGGGCUGGAGGCGGCUCCGGGGGAUCCUCCCGGGUUGUGCGAACAGUCAGAGCCAGGAAUUCCCAGCCAGCCCCGCCAGGGAUGGACAGGCCCUGGAAAAGCGGCUCCAGAGGCUCCAACUCGACGGAAAACAGGGAAUGUUCCGAGUGAGGAUGGAUGGGAAAGAGGAGCCAGGGAGGGAUUGGCUGGAGGGAAUGGAUCCUGCAGGAGAAGCACCGGGAUCGGGAUGUGCCAGCAGGGAUCAGGACCCCGGGACUCGGGUGGGAUUAAAGGAAAGGUUUGGAAAAUGUCACGGAGAACACCUGGAAAACUCCACAUUCCCACCCAAACCCCCCCGAGCGCCGCUGCAGCCGGGUCGGACACGGAAGGCAAAGACAGAAACGAGGGAAAGGGAAAAUCCGAGAGCUCCGAGAGCUCCAGGGACCCCCUGGGACGGAUCCGGCCGGGAAAAGCCUCCGGGGAAAACGGAACCGGGACAAAACUGAGGGAAGGAAUCGCUCCAUCCUCAGCCCUGGGAGCCUGGAAUUCCCAGCCCUGCCUGGGACUGGGAUUGGGAUUGGGAUUGAUUGGGACUGGGAUUGGGAUUGAUUGGGAUUGGGAUUGGGACUGGGAUUGAUUGGGA